UUUGUUUGUCUUUGCUGCCAUUCCGUAUCUCUGUGCUGGCUUUCAAGAUGGCGGCGUGCGUGGGGCGGCUGUGUUGUGCAGGUAUCCGGCUGCCCUGGUGUCGCGCUCUCUCCCUCACGGCUGGGAAUCGAGCAGGACAGAAGUGGAGGCUUGAGAAUAAUCUGGCUGCCAACGGUACGGAAUACGGGCUGAUGACAGAUCUCCCAGACUGGUCCUACGCUGACGGACGGCCGGCGCCUCCACUGAAAGGGCAGGAGAGGAGGAAGAAAGAGAGGGAGGAGUUUGCGAGGCGUGUGGUGCUUCUCAGCUCUGAGGUGGAUGGAGGGAUGCAGAGAUGGAGGGAGGGGAAGGAUGAGGCGAAAGCAACAGAGGAGAGAAGGAAAGCACUCCAGCUUAAGCCCAAAGGCGGCUAUCUGCAGAAGAAGAAAUAAAAAGAUCUUUCAAACGCU